AUGAAUUCGAAUGAAGAUAUACAUGAAGAACGCAUUGAAGUUCCACGAACUCCCCAUCAAACCCAGCCAGAGAAAGACUCUGAUCGCAUCGCUCUCAGGGAUGAAAUAUCAGUACCAGAAGGCGAUGAAAAAGCAUAUUCGGAUGAGAAAGUAGAAAUGGCAACCACAAAUGCAUCCAGUAACUUUGGCUCAAAUGAAAGUGCAAAAGACGGCGAAUCAAUCGGCGCCUUUUCAAAUCCCCAUGAGGCUCUGAUGCAGUCAAAAUUGAGAGAAGAAUCCCAGAGUAAAACCAUACUACCAUCCGAUGACCUCAGCCAGCAAUUAGAAACCGAAGAAUCCAAAGUUGAAGAGGCUCUAAAAAGAAUAACCUCACCCCCAUUACCACCGAGGGCUGACUGCAUAGAAGAAUCUGCAUCUGCUCUUAAAUCCUCAUUGCCUCCAGUGCUAGCAGGAAAUAAAAAUGAUCAAGCCCCCCUUGACCGACCACAGUUACCUCCGAGGCAGGUAGUUAAUGCGGAAACUCUUCAUUUGAAGGCGCCCCAUGGUAAUGCGACUCCCUCCAAAUCACCAACGAGUGCUGUAGGUAAUUCUUCUUCAUCGACCCCUCCAACCUUACCACCACGCCGUAUAGAAGAUCCUUUAGACUUGGCUGCUCAAAAACAUUUCCUAGCGAGUACAUUUAAGAGAAAUAUGCUCUUUUAUAAAAGUGAAGAUAACUCUAUCAAAUGUGAUUUGGAUAAAAAUAUACUAAAUUUAAAAGAAGAUUCAAAAAAAAUUAACAACAAUGAAAUUCCUGAAGAGGUUAGUUCAUUUUGGUUAAAGGUUAUCGGCGACUAUCAAAAUAUCUUAAUAAACGAUAUCGAAACCUUACAUUUCCAACUAUCUCGAGGUAUACCAGCCGCUUAUCGAUUGGUAGUCUGGCAGUUAGUAAGUUAUGCAAAAUCGAAAUCCUUUGACCCUAUAUAUGAAACGUAUCUAACGGAAAUGGCACCUUUUGACGUCCAGGAAUUUGAAAAUCAGCUAAAAAUGAUGGACGAAGUUCCCUCUGAAUACGUAAAACGCAUAAGUAAUGUGUUAAAGGCUUAUUUACUUUUUGACCCAGAGUGUGAGUUUUCUACCGACAUUGCUUAUAUUAUCAAUAUGAUUCUUGACGUUUGCGAGGAGGAGGCAAAUGCAUUUGGUCUACUUGUACGCCUAAUGAAAGUUUACGGUUUAAGACUCUUGUUCUUACCAAGUGCUUCUGAGAUCGAUAUUCUUUGCUAUAAAUUUGAUAGACUUGUAGAAGAAUUUUAUCCUGAAAUUCACAACCACAUGGUUGAAAAAGGCGUCCGUUCUUCCAUGUUUUUGCCCGGUUUCUUCACGACACUGUUUCAAAAGAAACUUCCCACUGAAAUUCAACCACGUAUCGGUGAUAUGGUAUUUUUAGAAGGUAUUGACUCUAUUAUGAGAAUUUUAGCCACACUUUUAUCUAAUUCCCGAGACCAUCUGUUAAAAAUGGGUUUUGAUGAUAUGCUGGAGCUAUUGAAAUCAGGUCUGUUAGAUGCUUAUAUUAAGCAGAAUGAUGGUACACGCGGUGACACUCUUCUCUCAAAUGAAUGUAUGGAUAAAUUACUACAAGACUCUAUGAUGAAAGUAGCAAUAACCCCAAAGACUAUGAAGAAAUAUUCUUCUGAAUAUGAGGAAAUUCACAGAUUGGACAAUGAAAAAGAAGUGCAAUAUAAGUCUAUCACGGAAAAAAAUUUACAUUUACAAAAGCAUGUUCGUAAAUUAGAAAACGACUACACAUCUUUAAAUAGAGAGCAUGUGACAAUUGCGAACGAGUUAGUGAAAAAUCGGCUUAAUAUCGAGUCUGUAUUAAAUGAAAAUAAUGGUUACAAACUUCAAAUUUUAGAUUUGAAGAAAAAGUUGGAUUCAGAAAAAAAGAAGCAAGUUUUAGGUGUAUAUGUGCCCAAUGAUUUAAAGAAAGAUUUGGAAGAGACAAUGAAAAAGAAUACCCAAGUAAUGGACGAAAAUUUGAAAUUGCAGGAUAGGAUUUCAGAACUAGAAAGGCUUAUUGAAGAAAUAAAAACUGCAAACAAAAAUGGUACGUUAUUCGAAUAUUCUAAUUCUAAAAAUAAUCCUUUGGGAGCCGGCUGGUCAGGAUUUAAAAAGGUUUUUAAAUAG